ACGCGAUAACAAGCGUCACUUUGCAUUUCGCGGCGUCGCACACCAGCCACCAACUGCGAUGGGGUUCCAGCUCACCAAGGUCGGUCACGUCUUCACGCUUCUCUGCGUCAUCAACCUCCUCAACUACCUCGACCGCGGUAUCAUUCCCGGCGCGCCCAUCGAGUUCCAAGCGUUCAUCCAGCGCACACACAAUGUCGCGUCCGACGGUGUCAGCGUCUACAUUGGCCUCCUCCAGUCGUCCUUCAUUGCGUCGUACUCGAUCUUCAUCUGCAUCUUUGGCUACCUCUCGAUGACGCGCAAGCCGUUCACGCUCUCGGCCAUCGGUCUCUUCAUUUGGGUGCUCUCGAUCGUGCUCUGCGGCCUCGCCAAGCCGCUCGCGUCGUUCUGGGUCCUCCUCGUCGGUCGCCUCAUUUCCGGCAUUGGCGAGUCGUCGUUCCAGGCGACGACGCCGCCGUUCAUCGAUGAGUUUGCGCCCAAGGAAAAGCGCACGCUCUGGCUCGGCAUCUUUUACGCCGCCGUCUCGGUCGGCCAAGCGCUCGGCUUCUCGUACGGCUCGGUCAUGGCCGCGACCGCGGGCUGGGACAUUGGUUACUACAUCACGGCCGCCAUCAUGGUCCCGCUCGCGUUCGCUUGCUACAAGUUCAUUCCUGACCACCUCAACCAGCCGCUCGCCAACCACGCGCCCAAGGACCUCGACGACGGCUUUGCCGACGCCAACGACGUGCUUCCGAUCGAAGAACCCGAGCACGACGAGAAGCCCAAGUCGGUGCUCUCGGAAACGUGGACGAUCCUCAAGUCGCCGCUCUUCCUCACGUCGACGCUCGGCCUCGCCGCGUACACGUUUACACUCGCGGGUAUGGUCUCGUUCGCGCCGGCCAUCCUCAUUGGCUAUGGUCUUUUGAGCGAGUCGCUCGCGUCGACGGUGUUUGGUGCUCUUGUUGUGCUCGCGGGUCUCAUCGGGUCGCCCUGCGGCGGCUACGCCAUCGAUCUCCUCUGCCGCUCGAACAUGAACGACAAGAACUUCCGCAUGCAGCGCUCUGCCUUGUACAUGUUUGCCAUGAUGACGAUCGGCGUCGCGCUCCUCUUUUGCUCGCUCAUCUUCAUGAACUCCAAGAUCCUCUUCCUCCUCUUCCUCUUCCUGGGCCUCCUCCUCGUCUUCUCGACGCAGACCGCGACGACGAUCGUCGUUCUCAUGAGCGUCACGCGCUCCCAGCGCGGCUACGCCAUGGGCCUCAACACGCUCCUCCUUCAUCUCUUUGGCGAUGUGCCCGCGGCGAUUGUGCUCGGUGCGCUCAAGGACAAGUGGGCGCCGCACUGCGGCAGCAGCAUCGACGAGACGGGCAAGGACGUGCUCGACCCCAACUGCUACUUGGACAAGGACGGUCUUCGCAACACGCUCGCGUUUGCGUACGGCUGGCUCCUCUGGGCCGUGCUGCUCUGGGGUGGGUCCUACUAUUUCGCGUGCAAGCGCGUCCAGCAGGCGAGACUUGCGGACCUCGAGCUCCAAAAGACGCCCGUGCACGCCGCGAGCGACUAAUCAGCCACCCUGUCGUAGUCUCUGUAAACGUCUUCCUAAAUAGUUUCUAGUCUUCUC